CCAGACCAGCAAGACUCUGCCAUGUGUCACACCACCUGCUCUUCAGGCUGCCAGCCAGCCUGCUGUGUGUCUAGCCCCUGCCAGGCAUCCUGCUGUGUAUCUAGCAGCUGCCAGCCAGCCUGCUGUGUGUCCAGUCCUUGCCAGCCAUCUUGCUGUGUGUCCAGCCCCUGCCAGGCAUCCUGCUGCCUGUCUAGCCCCUGCCAGUCAGCCUGCUGCAGGCCUGCUAUAUGCAUUCCUGUUAGAUACCAGGUCACCUGCUGUGUGCCUGUGAGCUGCAGGCCCACUGUGUGCAUGGCCCCCUCAUGCCAGUCUUCUGUAUGUGCACCUGUGAGCUGCCGGCCUGUCUGUAUGACCUCUUCCUGCCAGUCAUCUGGAUGCUGGCAGCCCUCCUGCUCCACCCUGGUCUGUAGACCUGUCACCUGUAGCACCCCCACCUGCUGCUAAGCAGUGUCUUU